AUAGACCGAGUGCGGACCCGCUGGCGUCAGUCAUACCCCGAGUGUGUUCGUUGCGUGUCCACAACAGCCGAUUUUCACUUUUCAGCGGAAUACAACCCGUAAACCACUUCUACAAUAUCACAUCGCAUAAUAAAUUGUGUGUAGUGAUAUAACAACGUGUAUUAUUACCGUCGCAUAUUUUUACCCCCUCGAAUAUUCUCGUCCGUUAUCGAUUAUUUUCUUUGUACACGCUAAAAUAUAAAUGGCACACAACACUGGGGUCAAACGAGACAUCCCUAUCAAAUUGGGCGACUUCAGCGUGAUCGACUCGGAGUUCAGCAACAUCCGCGAGCGUUUCGACGCUGAGAUGCGAAAAAUGGAAGACGAGAUGACCAAGUUCCGUUCCGAACUCAUGAACAAAGAGUCGAACUUUUUCAAGACUACGUCCAAGACAUCACAUGUGGAAGAAAAGUCCUUCUCUCAGAACACAAUCUCGUCGAACCACAGCGAUUUGCCAGCAAGCCGACUAACCGGGGCUACGCCUAGCGGUUGGGUGGAAAGCAUCAACUCGCCGCUGAUUCAAGAAGACGGCGACAACAAAAUGUUGAAACUCAGAUUUGACGUCAGUCAAUACGAACCCGAGGAAAUCGUCGUCAAGACGGUCGACAACAAACUAUUGGUACACGCCAAGCAUGAAGAAAAAUCAGAUUCUAAAUCCGUGUACAGGGAAUACAACCGGGAAUUCUUACUUCCGAAAGGCACCAAUCCGGAAGCUAUCAAAUCAUCUCUUAGCAAAGACGGCGUGUUGACUGUCGAAGCACCAUUGCCUGCCUUAGGAGGGCCUGAUAAAUUGAUUCCAAUCUCGCAUCAUUAAAUAUUUUUCCACCUAGUGAACCACUUUUAGAAUGCAUAAUCAUUUUAAUUUUAAUUUUAAUAUCUUAAUUUAUAAUUAAUUAAUUUUCGAAAAAAAAAUACGUUGUUUUUAAUUCCCUUCUGUAGGUAAGUCAUUAUAAUAUCUUUUUUUCCAUUGUUAAAAAAAAAAAAUCAUUCAAUAUAAUAAUAUAAAAAAUAUAUUUAUAAUAUGUAUAUGUUAUCUAUGUAAACAGCGUUAAAAUUUCACCAUAGAAUUAUUAUUAUUCCUACGCAUAUUAUAUUAUGAUACUAUGAAGCUUUAUACAACGCGAUCACAUGCAGAAACAUAAUUUACGUUAGUUCCUACAAUAUUGUUUCUGUAAUCACUGAGUGAAGACCGAAUAUAUUUUUAUACACAUACCUAAUAUAUAAUAUAUUUAGUUACACAAAAUAUGUACCUAUGCUAUAUAUUGUAUUAUAUUAUUUUCAUAAUUAUGAUGAAAAGAAGAAAAAUUGGGUGCAAUUAAUUGGCUAAUGUUCAUUUACAUAUUAUAUAUAUAAUAUAUACAUAUAUAUAUAUAUUCCGUUCGAUUGUUAAAACGAAGAAAAAUUGUAUUUUAAUCAUUAUUAUUACAUUUUUAUUGUUAUAAUUAUCUAUACUAAUAUAAAUUAUUUGCCUUUUUUCA